AAUGCAGACUCCACCGUCGUCUCCAUUGCUGAGAACCCCACCGCCGUUGAGCAGACCGCUGCCAUCAAGGCGCUGUCUCCCGACCUGGAGGGAAUCACCGACACCCUUCACGCCGCCACUAAGGCCGCCGCCACUAGCGCUUUCUGGGACAUCGAUGGAACUGAGCUCGUGAGCACUGUUCUGGGUCUCGUUUCUGAGAUUGUGUACACUGUCAAGUCUGUCGUUGCCAAGGUUGGCCUCGUGGACGACCUCCAAACCAUCCUGCAGCCUCUCCUGGUCGUUCUCGGAAGCCUGAUCAAGUCUCUGGACCUCGUUGUCGGUGGACUGCUUGCGGAGGUUGAGGGUCUUGUCAACUCCGUUCUCGGCACUGUCUCCAGCCUUCUGUCUGGGCUUCUCUAA